CUGCUGGAGAUCGAUUCCGGAUUCCACCUAACUCCGAAUUGGCUCUUUGCGCCUUUAAGGCCCCUCCCGAUUCUUCCCCUUGAGUUUCUCUUCUCUCUCUUUUUUUCUUGCUUUUUUUUUUCUUUUUCCUUUUCCUUCCCCCGGGGGAGGCGGCGACGCCUCCCCUCGGAGGAGCGCUGACAUCAGCCUUAAAAACCAGCGCCGGGCGUGGGAGGAGAGAGUAAGGCGCGGCUUUUGCUUAAUCCGGCGGCGCUCGCAGCCACUUUCCUGCGGAGGAAGAUCACAUUUUUGGAAAUCUAUCACCCACCCACCUUAGCGCCAUGGCAAACCGAGGCCCCGCUUACGGACUCAGUCGGGAGGUUCAGCAAAAGAUCGACCGCCAGUACGAUCCGGACCUGGAACAGAUUCUCAUCCAGUGGAUCAAGGCUCAGUGUGGACCAGACGUCGGGGAGCCCGAACCGGGUAAAGAAAAUUUCCAGAAAUGGCUGAAAGAUGGCACGGUGCUCUGCCUGCUGAUUAACAGCCUGUAUCCUAAGGGCCAAGGGCCCGUGGCCAAGAUCCAGUCAUUCACCAUGGCCUUCAAACAAAUGGAGAUGAUUUCUCAGUUCUUACGGGCGGCCGAGAAGUACGGCAUCCUGGCAUCAGACAUUUUCCAAACUGUGGAUUUAUGGGAAGGGAAGAACAUGGCCUGCGUUCAGAGGACCCUGAUGAACCUGGGGGGUUUAGCAGUCUCCAAAGAGGAUGGCUUCUUCGCGGGAGACCCCAACUGGUUCCCGAAGAAAUCCCAGGAGAAUCGCCGGGCCUUCUCGGACGACAAACUCCGAGAGGGACAGAACGUCAUCGGGCUGCAGAUGGGGACAAACCGAGGGGCUUCCCAGGCGGGCAUGACGGGUUACGGGAUGCCCCGUCAGAUCCUUUGAGCCCACCGUCCCGGCCUUUCCCUCCGCCUCCUCCAUUAUCUUCCUUUUUUUUUCCCCAGAGAACUUUCCGAGUUUGUUCUCCAAGAAGCGAUCCAUUUGGAGUCUCCCAUUUUUCCUUCAGACUCCCUUCGGCCAUGUUUUUUUUCCCCAAUAUUAAAACCACAACAAAAAAUCCACUUUGGUUUCCUUCCCAGUCUCAGCCGAGAAUUAUUUUUUCCCCCCUGCCUCUCCAUCAUCUCACGACCCUUCCAUUUCUCCAAGGGUGCCCAAGGAUUCCAAGCUUCUUUGGAAUCGAAACCCUUCUCUUCUGGACCAAAAUAAUCACCUUUUUAAAAAAAAAAAGAAAAAGAAAGUCCUAAUGUUUCAGGGGGUUGUUUUGCUUCACCCCAAAAGACCCGUUAGAUGCUAUAGAAUAGACGGUGGGCGGUGCAACUGCGUUGCUUAAUUUUGGGUAAAUUUUUGAGGGCCGUGUGCACUCACGCCCACCCCUGCUUUGAAGGAAUAGGAAGAUUCAUCCCUUCCUCCAAAAUGUCACCCCUGGGGAGCUGGGUUCUUGGAAGAAGACCCCCCCCCCAUCUAUGCUUCCUGGGUUCAGCUUUUAUUUUGAGGAGGGGGGAGGCGAUGUUGUUAAGAUUGGACAGAACCGUGCAGCCGAGUCUGCUCUUGCCAAAAUCCUUAAAUCGGUCAGGGGAAGAGGGUAAACCAUCCUUGGGGUACCCAGAUCCAUGGUGCUGGUGUAUAUUCUCCCCUCCACAGCUCGGCCUAACCUUUUGCUCUUCAAAAAGAAAAGUUUCAAAAAGUUUGCUCUUGGCCUUCGGGAGUUUCCUUGAGUCCCCCAGCUUUUGGGAAGGGAGUGGGGACCACAGCCAGAAGCGAUAAUAACUACCCUGAACUUUGAAAAGAGAUGUAGAAAGCAUCCUGCCUCAAGGCUCUUGAUAAGAAAUAAAGAUUGCUCAAUUCUUGUUGUUUA